AGAAUAUUUUGGAGUUCCUACUUGUUGCUCAUGGUGUUCUGUUUGGAUCGAGAUGAUCUUCCUUUAGUGUUUUUCACCUGCGGUUGGACCUUACUUGAGAGUCUCCCUCAGAGCAGACUGGACGCCGGCGCAGUAUGCCAGGCUCCUCUGAGAAAAACACGGCCUCCGUGGAGGCAGGAUCCAUCACUGCUGCACCUUUCAGAGUCACCGUGAGCACCGGCUUCCUCAGUCGAAAGCUGAAAGGAUCCAUUAAACGCACCAAGAGUCAACCCAAACUCGACCGGAACUCCAGCUUCAGACACAUCCUGCCUGGGUUCAGGAGCUUUGACAAUGACAGAUCCCAUCUGAUGCCCAGGCUGAAGGAGUCUCGGUCCCAUGAGUCUUUGCUCAGCCCCAGCAGUGCUGUGGAAGCUCUUGACCUAAGUAUGGAGAACGAGGUCAUCAUCAAGCCUGUGCACAGCAGCAUCCUGGGACAGGACUACUGCUUUGAGGUCACGACCUCCACAGGAAGCAAAUGUUUCUCCUGUCGUUCUUCAGCUGAAAGAGACAAAUGGAUGGAGAACUUGAGGAGAGCCGUGCAGCCGAACAAGGUGAAUAAAGGCUGGAGGGACUGGACCAGUUCAAGGGCCUGGGACUUCCUCACAGAUUUGAUGAUGUCGGAGGUGGACCGCUGUGGGGAGAAUGAGCACCUCAUCUUCAGAGAAAACACACUAGCCACAAAGGCCAUCGAAGAAUAUCUGAAAUUGGUGGGACAGAAGUACCUGCAGGACGCCCUCGGUGAGUUCAUUAAGGCUCUGUAUGAGUCUGAUGAGAACUGUGAGGUGGAUCCAUCCAAGUGUUCAUCUGGAGACCUGGCAGAACAUCAGAGUAACCUGAAGAUGUGCUGUGAGCUGGCCUUCUGCAAAAUCAUCAACUCCUACUGUGUGUUUCCACGAGAGCUGAAGGAGGUCUUUGCAUCGUGGAGACAGGAGUGCAGUAACCGGGGGCGACCGGACAUCAGUGAGCGGUUGAUCAGCGCCUCCUUGUUCCUGAGGUUUCUGUGUCCGGCCAUCAUGUCGCCCUCCCUGUUUAAUUUGAUGCAGGAGUAUCCUGAUGACCGCACAGCGCGAACGCUCACCCUCAUCGCUAAAGUCACACAGAACCUGGCCAACUUCACCAAGUUUGGAAACAAGGAGGAAUACAUGUCUUUCAUGAACCAGUUCCUGGAGCAUGAGUGGACCAACAUGCAGCGUUUCCUGCUGGAAAUCUCCAACCCAGAGACGAUCUCCAACACGUCAAGCUUUGAGGGCUACAUCGACCUGGGCAGGGAGCUCUCCACCCUGCACUCCCUUCUCUCAGAGGUGGUCUCCCAGAUGGACCAGAACGCAGCUUCGAAGCUGGGCCCUCUUCCCAGAAUCCUGAGGGAGGUAAACAUGGCUCUGUCCAACCCGUCCAGUAUCCACAUGACACCCAGUCAGCCCUCAGAACCGGUGCACUCUCCUCCUGAGGCAGGCAGCAGCAUUUCCACUGGCCUGCAGAAGAUGGUCAUCGACAACGAGCUGUCGGGAUUGGUUGACUUCACCAGGUUACCCUCACCCACCCCGGAAAAUAAGGACCUCUUCUUUGUGACGAGGAGCUCAUGUAUCCAGCCAUCGCCUGCACGCAGUUCCAGUUACUCUGAGACAAAUGAGCCUGACCUGAGUAUGAUUAACGGCAGCAAAAGUUUGUCCAUGGUGGACCUCCAGGACCCCCAUACUCUGGACAUUGAAACUGGUCCUAGCCCCUCAGAUGCUCUGGGUGAAGGCCAAGCUUCUGGUGGAGGUUGGUCAGCCAGAAUGUCACAAGGCAGCAUUCCAGCAGGUCCUCCCCUGAGGAGGCCAGGCCAGACCCCCACCACCCCUGGAACAGAAAGUGCUCCAGGCCGACCUGCCCAGCUGCUUGCACCACUGUCCUUCCAGAACCCAGUUUACCAGAUGGCAGCCUGCUUGCCCAUGUCCCCUCGAGGAAUGACAGACUCAGGGUCAGAGUGCCACAGUUCUGUUAGUUCCCAUAGUAACAAUGAGGACGGGCCAGCAGCAGGAAAACAAGCCUUCAUGAACCAUGGUGGAGGAGGAGGAGGGGGGAGCAGUGGCGACGAGUACACCAGGCGAACGGGAGAGUUCAACCGCCGACAGCUGUCCCUGACAGAAACACCGCACCAGCCCAGUGUGCCCAGACAGAACAGUGCUGGUCCACAGCGGAGGAUAGACCAACCUCCACCUCAGAGCAUCACUCGAGGUCGCACACCCCCAAAUCUGCUCAGCAGUGGACCCUACCCCCGUCCGCCUUCUGGCAACGUGAUGACAUCAUCCCCCGAUUGGCCUACUGGCGGGAACCAGAUACGGCAACAAUUAUCUUCGUCUAAUGUUGACAGUCCUGAGAGCAAGCAGAAAGCUCAGCACAAACAGGCCCCCUCCCCAGUGAACCCCAGUGCAUUGGAACGUACAGCAGCCUGGCUGUUGAAUAUGAAUAUGCAGUUUUUAGACCAUGAGGGGAUGGAGCCCGAGUCACUGAGACACACAGACCAUCUAACUGAGGUGGAGAAGUACCAACAGGAGAUCACAGUGCUGCAGGAGAAACUGAGAACAUCUGUGCAGAAGCUGGAGGAGUAUGAGGUCCGCCUGAAGGGUCAGGACGAGCAGGCCCAGAAGGUUCUGAUGGAGUAUCAGGCCAGGCUGGAGGAGUCAGAGGAGCGUCUGCGCAGACAGCAGGAUGAUAAAGACCUCCAGAUGAAGAACAUCAUCAGCCGGUUAAUGUCGGUGGAAGAGGAGCUGAAGAAGGAUCACUCUGACAUGCAGGCAGUCGUCGACUCCAAACAGAAGAUUAUUGAUGCGCAGGAGAAGCGGAUAGCAUCACUGGAUGCUGCCAACGCUCGUUUGAUGAGCGCUCUCAGUCAGCUGAAGGAACGUUACAGCAUGCAGACCCGCAACGGGAUCUCCCCCACCAACCCCAGCAAACUGCAGAUUACAGAGAACGGAGAGUUCAGAAACAGCAGCAACUGCUAGACGUUCCUGGGUACAGAUUUUCAAAGAUAGGAUGUGGAGGAGCUUCAGAGACACUAGGGGGGAUGAGUGGACUACAUCUGCAAGGUGUUUAGAAGGCGAUGUGGGAGUGAGGAGCAGCAUGACAGGCAGAUCACCUGACCGAGGAGGCGGGACCUUUGUUAUCACAGUGACUGACAGAGGCGGGGCUUGUAUAUAAAGACUCAGCCGUCCAUCACUCUGUCCAGUCGCUGGCACAAACCACUACAUGACCACCUCUAGAAAUGGUCUCCAUAGCAACCAUCACGUCCUCCUCUCCUCCCUGACGGCUGAGCAGAGCCAUUAAUCCAACAGCUUUUCUCUUCAGUCUUCUCCAGAGGUUUUCUUUAUAAGGCAUUAUUUGAAAGCGUUCUUAAAAACCAAAUAGGAGCUAAAAAUUGAUAUUUUUAGUCUAAAACAAUCUUUACUUCCUGUUUAACUCAUGGGUUUGUUCCUUGACCGCCCCAAAUGCAGAGCACUUUGUGAAAAACUAUUGGUACAUAAAAACGCCUUAACUAGGAACACACCUCAAUAUUAACAACCCACCUCUGCUUUUCUCCAAAAAUGGCACAACUUAUACUGUGGAUUUGUAAAGAAUACAGCAGUAAACUGCGAACAUGUUGAUGUAUUAUAAAAAUCUAAGUAAAUGUGAUAUUAUAUUAAUGACAUUUAAUAUUAAUGUAUGCAGCUUUUUUCCUUCUUUAAACACAUAUACUUAUAUUUGAUAAACAGAUCCCUUUAUUUAGGAGUGAAAUCUAGUUUUAUUUUUCUUCUCUGAUGAUGAGAGUGUAGUUCUUUUCAUCGUUUGGACCCUGGAGGAAGAGACCACACCAAGCAGUGAUCCUAAGAACAUCUAUAAUUUUCCACCCUUCAUGCACAGUCAGGUGGUUUGUUGUUCUUCUGGACUGUGGGGGGUGUUCUCUUGUUGAACAGGAGCUUUGAGAGAUGAGCAGAGAUGCACUCCCUCACACUAACACUGGAGCAGUCUUUCCUCUCUAACUGCUUUAUUUGUUCAUGGUGAUGAAGCUGCAUCCUAACUGGGACUCUUUACAUCCUCGAGCCAACAUCUCCUCCUCAUCUGUUCUUUUCUUACCAUCCAAAUUUCUUCUGAAUGUAAAGACAGUGUCCAGUCCUUCUUAUGGCUCCUGUCAUCAUUAGCAUCUCAGCAUCGGUAUUUUGUGCAUUUAUAUCCCCAUUUUUCUUAUCUGUAACAGAUUGGAGGUGUGAGGCUCUGCAUGUUUCAGAGACAGGCUUAGGAUCGGGUCAGACCGUGACAGACACCACGGGUAGAUUUAUAACCGCAUGUAUCAUGAGAAGGGACAGUCUGGGAAGAUGUAAAUAAAAUGCUAACACUAUUUUAGCUAACGUUACCAGAGCUUUUUGUAUGUUUCUCGUGCUCAGACUCUGCUGUCUGAUCUGGAUGUUGUAAAUAUAGUCCGUUCUCACUGGCUAGAAGUGUACAGUUAACCUGAUUUCUCUGGUAAUGCUCUAACCCUAACCCUUACCACGGCCCAAACACUGAUUGCAGAGGAGUUUGACGCUCCAGAUGGAUGCCUUUCUAGUCUCAGGCCAAGCCAAGUCCGACAAGAUGCGAAAGCACAAUCCUGUAACUCUCAUCAGUCUGAAUAGUUGAUUUUUAGAAAUCAUAAAACCUGUUUUUGGUACAACCCUUAUUCUGUUAAUGAAAUCAACAUGCAGUCAUUUGCAAAAGUCAUUAACUCACAUUUUAUUCACAACAGAACAUAAAUAUAUCAAAAUAAGGUCAUUUUGAAUUUGAUGGCAGCAACACAUCUCAAAAAGUUGGGACAAAGGCAACUAAAGGAUUUAAAAGUUCAGUUAAGAUACAGUCAAAAAGCAUUGUACAAGAUUAUUUAGCAACAAGUUGGUAAGGGGACUGGAUAAAAAAAGAACAUUUCAGAAAAGAUGAAUCUCUCAGAAUGGCACAAUGGAUCAGUUGGUAGAGCUGCCAUCUCUCAGCGAGAAGGUUGCCGGAUUGAAUCCUGGCCGGGCGGCCAUUCUAGGUGGAGUUUGCAUGUGUGGGUUUUCUCCGGGUACUCUA